UCAGUAAGGUUCACUCCACAUACAUCAUGUCUUCGUAUAACCAUACAACCAAAACCUGGAACGGACCCGUCGACCAUGGUGCCCUCAAUCCGGAAGCCAACGUAGGGCAAGUCAUCCUGAAUCUUCUGGCCAGGACUCCCGACAAGGUCAUCCAGAUCAACGCCGACACCGGAUAUGAGAUGACAUGUGCCGAAAUGAAACGUCGUAUCGUUCGAGUAGCUAUCAACCUCCGACAGCUGGGAUAUUCGCGUGGAGAUCUGGUGACGAUGGUGUGUACCAAUACCGAUAACGUUGUUCCGGUGUACGUCGGAUGUGUAUGUUUGGGCAUGGUGGUCAAUCCGUUGGCUCCAGCGUUCAACCGGGACGAUUUGGCUCACAUGAUGCGCCUGACGCAAUCAAAGGUGGUGUUUUGUGAUGAAGGUAAUUUUGGUGUGGUGAAGGAAGCUGCGGCUGACGGAAUUUUAGAGAAGCCUAGAAUUUAUGUGAUGGGAACUGGGAGGGAGAAUGCGGCAUCGGUCGAAGAACUGAUGGCACCGGUGGAAGGGGAAGAAGACUUUGCAGCUCCUUAUCUGGGAGAUUCGAAAAGGCUUAUGGCUGUCGUACUGUGCUCAUCGGGAACAACUGGCCUUCCGAAAGGAGUUUGCUUAUCACAUGCUCAUCUUAUCGAAGGAGAAGUCUUCGCAGAUGUUUUGAACGCCGGACCAAUUUUCAACUUUAGUCAGCUGUUUUGGAUGACUGGUCUGUUUGCCGCCAACACUUCUCUCCUGUAUACCCGGGCGCGUGUUAUCACCGCGCAAUCGUUCAAUGUCGAAGCGUUCAUGUCGAUCGUGGAAAAGUACAAGGUUGAAGACACUUUCACACCUCCGGCGUGCAUUGCAGCGAUUCAGAGUCACCCGCGCUAUCCGACGGUUGACUUUAGUAGCGUGAAGCGAUGGCCUCUCGGAGGCUCACCGGUCUCCUCGGAACUUCGCGAAAGUCUGGCGGAACGAUUCCCGGGUAUCGACAUCAAGCCCGUCUACGGGUGUUCGGAGAUUGGAGUUGUGACGUCCUGUAUGCAGCCGUUCGUUCCGGGGUCGGUUGGGACCCUGGGGAAGAAUAUAGUGGUCAAGAUCGUGGAUGAGGACGGUCGAAGUCUCGGACCGAACGAGAAGGGGGAAGUGCUACUCAAGUUUAAAUUCCAAUUCCUGGGAUACCUCAACAACGAAGAGAAGACCAAAGAAGCAUGCGACGAGGAAGGAUUCUUCAAAACCGGAGACAUCGGGUAUUUCGACUCGGAGGGCUACCUGUAUGUGAUCGAUCGCAUCAAGGACAUCAUCAAGUACACUAACUAUCAGAUUUCUCCGUCGGAUUUGGAAGAAGUUAUUCUCAAAAUUGACGGGGUCAAGCAGGUGUGCGUGUCCGGAGUUCCUACGGAGGAUAGAUCGUCCGAUCUGCCCACGGCGAUGGUUGUUCUUCAGACGGGAGCGAACGUGACGGCGAAGGACAUUGUUCGGAAGGUGGAUGCGCAAGUGAGUGAUCAUAAGCGGUUGCGUGGUGGAGUUUUCUUCGUCGAUCGUUUACCAACGUCGCCAGCAGGAAAGGUGCUGCGAAGGGUGGUUAAAGAAAUGCUGAUUGACAUGAGUAAAAGUUCAUCGUGAUAAGUAUGAUGCAGCACUAUA